CACAAUGCUCGACGGUCUAUCUCCUUACUUUGAUGGCCUCACACAAAUGCCGGGGGUCGCUCUUCCAAAUGGAGAAUCUUUGGUAAUCGAACAAACUGAAGCUUUAGUCUCUAUUGAUGUGAAUGGAGGACAUGGGAUGUUUGGUCAAGGGGCUUCACAAGAGAAAGCUAUUGUUGAUGUCAAACUUGCUGCUGCAAAACAAAUUGCUAGAGAAUUGCGUCUCAGGGAUAUUGGUGCAGUGGCAUCAUCGUGGUAGAUGUUAUUGAUAUGAUGGUGAUUGUGAGUAAACCUCUGCUAUGAUUCCUUCUCUCCAUAAAAUCCUGAUGUGUGUUGUCAUUUUGUAAUUUUCUUGGCAGAGUAUGAAAAAGUUUUGGUGUCUGUUUUUGCAGACAAAGUUUUAAUAUAAUUUCCCCUGGGUUCUCGUAAAAAAAUAGAGUAUAAAUCUUUUCAUAAAAACAAAAAAGAGUACGAAUAAAGUAAAACUCAAAAUGUUGUAAGGAUAAUUGAAAUCAAAUACGGAGUAAUAAAAAACAAAGAAAGUAUCGUGAAAGUCAAUAAAACAAUUUUUCUUAUGAGAAGACUACAACUAUGAAAUCUCUAUUACGUAAAUUUAUUAACACUUCGUUCGGCUUCUAAGAC